GACAGGCAGUGAUGCUUUAAGAACCAGCUUUCUGUGUGUCCUUCUGUCCGUUCCAGUGCUGCUGUCUCUCUGACCCAGUCGGCUCCAUCAUGCUGCUCCACGCUCUGCUGCAGACUUCACUGGUUCUCUGGCUGGCUCAGCAAACUCUGCAAGGAGGAGUUAGGCCUCAAAAUGUUGCCUAUGGGAGAGCACUGCCAGCUCGAGGUGUUGGUAUUGGAGUAAAACCUGGAGAUACCGGAGCCCUUGGAGCAGUUGGAAGCCGAUAUGGCACAAAAGCAAUGAAGACUGGGAUUGGACGUUAUCCUGGGGCUCAUCUUGGUGUUGGAGGCUACAGAUCUCUUGGAUUAGGAGGAAGGGGAGGCCUGAAGCAAGGUGGAUAUGGAACCCAGGGGGGCUAUGGUGCCAGUCUGGGAACAGGAAUGGGAUUGGAUACCGGACUUACAAACGGACUGGGACUAGGCCAGGGAGGGAAACGUGUUUACGGUGCAGGCCUCGGCCCUCUUCCAGGAUAUGGAGCUUUUCCAGGGAUUGGAUACCCAGGCAUACGACCAGGUGUGUCUGCAGCAGAUUUGGGUGGACCUGAAGGGGCCAAUCUGGCACAAGCAGCUCAAGAUCUUAAAAGAGAAACGAGCAGAGCUGUAGAUCAGUUGCUUGGAGAACAAGAAAGAUUACAUGGAGCUGGAUUGAGGAGAAGCAGCGUGUUUGGUUCAACUGUUCCCAGAAUACAUGCAAGAAUCGAAGUCAAAAGACUCAUUCCGGGCAUGCAGUCAUCAAAUCUUAGACCUACAUUGUCUCUUGAUAAACCGAAUAAAAUGUUUGGCGUUUCAGCUUUGCAAAGACAAGAAAAAUAUAAACCUGGAGGUUCUGAAACUGUAGGUCAUGAGGCCAUGUUAGCAGGUGUCGAUACAAGUAGGCAGCUUCCUGUUGAUCAAGACAUCAGAAGUCUGGAUUCCUACAGUUCUCAAAUUCACAGUCCCAGAGAUCCAUCAAUGCGAGGAAAUCAAGAUGCUAGGAACUGUAGACCUACUGCUGAUUUGUCAGAGCUGUUGGACAUUAAUCCCUUAGAUGAAAAAAUGGGCAAACACUUUGGGUGUAAAAACCGUCCUGCACAGAGCCAAGAUGUCAAAAGCUAUUUAUUCCCCACUGUGCAGCAUCAGGCAGGCAUAAAUCCUUUAUCUGCACCUGCAAACAGUCAAGAUAUCAAAGGACCUCAAGCUCAAGACAAAAUCAGGCUCAAAGAUGGAUUCCAGCUUUACCAUCCUGUCACCCCAGGUGCAAGUCGGACCCAGAGUCUGGGUAUCGCCUUAAUUGGAGAGGAACAGGAAGCUGGACGUUUUACUCCAGAAGAUGCCAGACACCUUUCUGAAGCUGAACAUGUAAACAGAAAGUCAAAACCUCUUCGUAUGCCAGGGCAGACUGAGAGGAAUGCGCAGGCAGCAAGUUAUAUCGGAGGAGCAGGAAACUAUCUUGGAGCAAGCCUGGGUGCUGCAGGCUAUGGCACAGGUUUAGGACAGGGAGCUUAUCUGGGAGGUGCUGCUGGAAAACUUGGUGCUGCUGCUGCGCUUGGACAGGGCGCUUAUCCCCAAGGUGUUGCAGGGAAAUCAAAUGGAUACGGUGAUGGACUGACAGGAUAUCUUGGUGCAAUGGCGGGUAACGGCUUCGGUUAUGGAAAUGGAUAUGGCGAUGGUUACGGAGCAGGGCUUGGUUACCCUGCAGACUUAGCUGAUGGUGCUGAGAGCAAAUCAGGAAAGAUUGAAGCACUGAGUACAGGAGGCUAUGCAGGACAGGUCCAGGGAGGAUAUGGAGCACUUGGUGCAGGACUGGAAUCAACUGGUGGCAAAUAUGGAGGAGCUGCUCAUGUUCCUUAUGGUAAUGCUCCUUUGAUCCCUGCUGGACUGGAAGGUGAUGGAGGCUACCCGUAUGCUUCUCAGCAGCUCAGCCUUGCUGCUCAAAGCGCCAAAACCGCUAACAAAUACGGUGCUGCUGCAGGAUAUGGGACCCAGCAAGCAGGUUACGGAGCACAGCUCGGAGCCACUCAGGAUGCUUUGGUGGAACAGGCUGGCAAAUAUGAUGGAGUGAAUGCUGCCCUUGGUAACGGGUACAAAGGUUAGGAAAGGUGAUGUGGACCUCUUCUGGUGGAUCUUCUUUUGUUCCUUCUGUUUGACUUUUGAUAUAUAUAUUUCUUCAUCUCUCUGUGUUACAUAUUUGUCUUGACCCCGACCAAACCUUAUGGUUGAUGAUGAACAUAAAUAGGUGCGAAGAGCAAGAAAUGUUUGUUUAUGUUUUGAAAAUGAAGAUGUGCCUGAUGAUCUUAUUGUUUCCGACCAAAAAAAUCAUCAUGUCAUAUAAAGUUAAAUAAAAAAACUUCUGUCAGUA